AUGCCUCAAAGCUUCGAUAAUGAUUCAGAGGACUUACUGCAGUGCCCUCCCUUCGCAUGCGAUAGCUGCAGUUCAUAUAACAUCGAGCAGUCGCAGCAAAUUUGGGAAAUGUAUCGUGAUUCCACUGCUAUAAGCUAUCUGAUAGUCAAACUUUGUCGAAGGCUUGGAAUUCUCGCUACCGCACUGGCGACAUCACUUCUUUCGUAG